AUGGAUGAGUACGACCUGCUCAUCAUCGCCGACGCAACGGCGUCGAUGAGCAACUAUCUCCAUGCACUGAACAUCUCUCUUCCCCAAACCAUCUCAAUUUCCGCUCUCACAGGGUGCUUCUCUCGUAUAGGGCUGCUUGCUUACCGCGAUUACAACGAUGAGACCCCCCUAGAGUGGUCAGGAUGGCUGCAGCAGAACUCGGACGAUGAUCCAGCGAAACAACAGCCCGAUCUGGUCGCCAUGGCCAAGCAGCUCGAGCCUUAUGGUGGAGGCGAUUAUGCAGAAGCCACCAAAACAGCACUGGCUAAGGCAUAUGAGGUGAUGCGAUCGGAUGCGAAAACACUUGUUUUUCUCUACACAGAUGCUCCCCCACACGCGAACGACGCGGAUGUUUCUCUGAGUGACAAUCCGCUCAAGGAGAGGACCGCCUUGUCUGAGACAGACUCCUAUUCGGGGUUUGGGUCGGCAUUUACCGACUGGGUUGCUGCCUCUAAUGCCUUGCGCGCGGGUGAGAAACAGGCGCAGGUCUUUGCGAUCCUCGAGCCUGAUAUGCCGCGGAACUGUGCUGCGUAUUAUAACUUCCUCUGCACACGAACCGGCGGCGCAUGUGUGUAUCUCCGCGAUUCCAGUCCUGGAAGUAUCUCCAAGGUAACCGUCGACCUGUUGUUGGCAUGGAUGGGCUUGGAAAAGGCGCCUGUGGCUGGCAGCAAAAAAGGAAAUAAGCUGGCUCUGCCGGCAGAUCUAUCGCGAUAUAUUUCUGUCAAGGGGAUCAAGCAGAUUAAAGAUGAAGACACGGGGCAAGUUGGACUAUUUUUUGCGUCUCCUGGCUUCAAGAAUGCGCCUUACAUGCAAAAUAUCGCUACCAUCAAAUUAACCGCCGAGAUCAUGAAAAGAUACCUUCCGAAGAAAAACACCCCUGUCGAAGAAUUUUCCAAGCGGUGGAAUGAAGAUGAGGACUAUAAAGAGAUUGCCGUCAAGCACUUGAUGAAGAUCAUACACGACGAUAUCCGGGCCAUUGCCCUCAACCCUGUGUUUGGAACACUCUGGAGAGCCGUAUGUAAUGACCGAAACUACUUUCGUCGCGACGAGAUCGUUCUUGCCUUUACCCAGAGCCUCAACCGCAUGGGGCAUGCAGGCGAGAAAGCAAAGAUGAAGGCAUGGUUGGAGGAGUCGUACGAUUUCACCGAAGAGAUCCAGUCGAUAAUCGACAAUAUUCCUGCAAUGGAACGCUUCCCUUGUGUUUUCUUGGAUCCUACUCUCGACUUCUCGUCUUCAAAUAACGAUUCAAGGAACAAAGAAGACGAUGAAAAGCCGAUGUUCGACUUGACGAGAGCCGAGUUGCUGGAAAUUGGUCGCUUCUGCAAUGCCGACAUCUUACGACGAUUGAGCCGUAUCCUCACCCGACUCACUGUAGUCAAUUCUGCGGAUGAGAUGCCCGAGCAUAUUCAGCAUGCAAGUGCCAAACCCGUUCCUCGGAUUCCGCUGGCCCUGGCACUGGAGAAACAUAACCGCCAGUUCUGGAAGAUUCUCUUCCAUGUUAUUGUGCCAGGUACACGAUUGUCAGCUCGUCCUGCUGCUCUUGUGGCUGCGCUCAGUUUACGAUUGGGAAUCGCCCCUUUCACGGAUGCAGCCGAGGGCGAGAUGCUGGCAUUCAAGGAUAAAUGGAACGAUGCCUCGACUCCCGAGAAUUGGACAAUUGGCUGCUUGACGCUCCUCAUUGACGCGGACGAGGCCUAUCAAAAGCAGCAGCAAUACUCAGCUUCAGGAGAAACAACUGUAGUGGAGAAGCUCAAGGUGCUUGUCAACUCCGGUGAUCGCGUUCUAUUUGAACGUUUGGUUGCGUUCAAGAUGCUCGAGCUCAAUCUCGACACGCCCUUGAAAGCCCGUGUUUCAUGGACCCCAAACAAAGCGGUUGCUUCGAUUGGACCGCUGGCUACCUGCCGCUCUUGCCAGUAUCCCCGCUCCGUCACCAUCAUGGGCGACAGCGGCAAGUGUGGAGCUUGCCUUGCCACCGACUACGUGAACGCCGCGCAGAAAGAAAACCGUAUUCAAACACGGGUAUCGCAAAACACGACCACUGCAUCUGAGGCCACAUGGGUGGAGUGUGGUGUUCACUCGUGCAGGGCCCAAUAUGUUGUCUAUGCCGCCGAUGCCUUGAAUGUCCGAGCAAAGUGCUACUAUUGUCGACGUCAGAGCAAGCUAAAAGACACGAAACAAACCCCGGUCCCUGCGCCAGUGGUUGAGUGCAAGCGAUGUCUGAAUCGCAUGAUCUGGCCUCGGCCGUAUAGACCGUCUCGCUUCAAUGAAUCAGACUUCAUCUGCCCUCCAUGCACCUCAGGCUGUGAUCCGGCCACGGAAAUCGAACUGACAGCAAGAAAGAUAGCGGCCGAGAACACACUGGCCUGGCUGGUCCGGGACACACAAAACACUGACGCAAAGCCAUUCCAGAACCGAUCACUGUUCCAAACCAUCUCCGCAAUGGGCGUCGACGGCUUCCUUUCUCGCAUCGGACUGUUCCCUUCUGAAAAGGCCACACUCAGCCACAGCGGCAAGCCCAUCCACAACGCCGCGUCCUUGAUCACAACCCUCCAGGAUAUCGUCCACGACCGCAAAACAAGCCAGGUCGACUGCUCGCUAUGCUUCUCAGCCUUCCGCGCAGGAACCCUGAACCCAGCCUGCGGUCGACGCGGCUGCUUCCAGCAGAUCUGCAAUACUUGCCUAGCAAGCUGGUACGGGCUCAACGCCGCAGGCAGCAUAAUCAACACCGCCGCUCUAGCCUGCCCAUUUUGUCGCCGACUGCCAACACCACGCACGCUAGCAAAAUACGGCAUGGGCAUCCACGCAGUAUGUAAUCUCGCCGACGCCGUGCGCGACCAGGGGACGCUGAUCUACGCCUGGUGCGGGGACUGCUGCACGGCGAAGGAGUACAUGGAGCGCAGUUGUGCACGCGGUGCACCGCCCGAGAUCAGGCAUUGGACAUGCACCGAGUGCGUCGAGGAGGUCGAGAGGCAGCGGCUGGAGCAUGAGCGACAGCUGGCCGAGCAGGCGCUGGCGGAUGCUCGCGCCGCACAAGAUCUGAGGCGGCAGGAGGAGGCAGAGCGCCGUCGCCGGAUUGCGGAUGAGUCGGCUGCGGCGUGGCGUAUCAGUAGGCUCAAGCCGUGCCCUGGGUGUGGGACCUUGACGGAGAAGAUCUCGGGGUGUGGGCAUGUGGUGUGUACGGUGAGGCGGUGCAAGACUCAUUGGUGCUAUUUUUGUGGGAACCCCUUCUCCAAAGACCGCAUCUAUGAGCAUAUGGAUCGGGAUCAUCGGGGGCUUUUUACUGAUGAAUACGGGGUGGAAAAUGAUACAUUGUAG